UUUCCUUUUUUUUUUUUUUUUGAGAACGUAUAUUCACUCCAUCUUAUACUCGCUGGAUUGGCAUGGCCAUGAUCACACAACUGUUGUGAAUGCAGGGAUUGUGGAAGCAAGACCCUAUUUCCAAACCUGUGUGUUUUAUGGACAGACUUAGCAUCAUCACACAUUGAGUUUACAACUGUGUCAUGUAAUUACAUUUGGUGCUAUGGUUUAUAGGAAAUGGGUGAAAGUGGUUUUUAUUUCAAGUUGUCUGGAAAGUUGACUGUCCCCUCUCUUUUCGAAACAGUGUCUAUAUGAUAUGGUUUUAAAAAUGCUACACACUCCAGUGAUUAUGAAAGUGUGUAACACUGAAAAGGAGAUUGGAUACUUGGGCUGCAUGUUGAAUCUCAUAGUAAAUUAUUUGUGGUAAACUGUUUCCAAACUCACAGUUAAAACUUGUAUUCUUACUUUAGGGCGAUCAUCUGUUGUAUGAGAAGGUGUUUAAUUUUGUCAGGAUGUGUCUGUGAAGUGUACUUCCAGCAAAAUUCCAAGAGUAAGAGAGCUUACCAAGUGAGAGACAUGAAAUUGUUCAGUAGGACAAUGCUUAUUUUCUCCUUCAAAGUCUUAAUUUCCUCUGAGUGAGGUAGAGAGAAACAGAAAUUUGCUCCUAACCAUAAGUGAUUUGCUGAAGAAAUUAAUCUGUACCCUGUAGGGGAAAAAAGGGAAUGUGAUAUUAGGUGCAAUUAGUGUUUUGCUGCCAACUUAAUGUCUGGUUUAUGCUUUUAACUUGAGAUACUAUACCCUUCCUCAUGAGUUUGCAGACUGUGGCCUGACAGAUGUGACCUGCAGGUCAAGAUGGGACCCUGCCAGUGCUUUUCUCUCAUUUUAAAAAUUGUAGUAAGCAAUGCACACAAUGUACAAUUUACCAUCUUAAAACAUUUAGAAGUGUACAUGUAGUUGUGUUAAGCGUAUUCACAUUGCACCCCCUUUUCCAUAUCCACUGUUCUGUUGAAACGGAAAGUUUGUUUCCAUUAAAUGGGUCUGCUUCCUCUCUUGAGGCUCCUGGCAGUUUAUUCUUUUUUGGUCAUGAUUCUGACCACACUGAACACUUCUCCUAUGUGGGGUCUUUUUUGAUCGGCUUAGUUCACGUGGCUUAUUGGCUUCCGUGGUUACAUGUUUUAGCUUGUAUGAACAGUUCAUCCCUUUGGGUUGGUUAAAUGUAUGUUCGUAUGUAAAGAUCCAGUCAUCCAUCUCUGGAUGCUUGGUUUCCUAGAUUUUAGUUAUUGUGAAGAGUGAUGUUAUACAUCUGAGUGUACAGAUAGUGCUUAGAGAUCCAGCGCUUGGCCCUUAGAUCUGUGGUGAGAUGUGGAAUGGGUAUCUUCGCCCUUCCUUUCUCUCUCCCUCCCUCCUUCCUUCCCUCUCUCCCUUUCUCCUUCCCUCUUUCCCUUCAUCCUUCCUUCCUUCUCUCCCUCUCUCCUUUCCUCCCUCCCUCCCUCUCUCCCUUCCUUCUUUCCUUCCUUCCAGAUAGGGUCUGAUUAUGUACUUCAGACUGGCCUUGAACUCAAGAUCUGCUUCAGGGUCCUGAUACUGGGAACAUAGGUAUGUGCUAUCAUGGCUUUACUUCUUAAAUGUAUUUUAAGUGUUUGGAGACAGGGCUUUGCUCUGUAGCUGUGGCUUCUUGAAACUCAGUAUGCAGUCAUAUCUGCCUCUGGCAUACGGGAUUCCAAAUGUGAGCUUCGAUGCCUAGCUCUUAUUAAUUUUUUUGAGGAAUUCCUAUAGUGUUUUCUUUAAGAGUUGUAUCAUCUUACAUUCCUAUUAAAGUAGAUAAAGCUCGUAAUUUCUUCACUGUCUCAACAACUAUAAUUUUCUGAUUACCCCUUAGGCCAAUAGUAGGCAUCCUAGUGGUAUGACAGAAUCUCUCACCCUGGGCUUGGCUUCUGUUUUCCUUCUGGUUAAUGACUUCAUGUAGCUUGUCAGUUACCUUCUUUGGGCUACUUGUUUACUCUCUUGGGAGAAUGAUCUGUUUAAGUACGUUCAAUGAUUUUGAAAACAGAUUUCUAUGCUUUGUUUCUUGAGCAUAGGUGUUCCCUGGAUAUUAAUUUCUUGUUCUCUGCCUGUGAGAGCUGAAUUACCUGGCACUGGGCACCAUGUUCACAGUGAAGUUGAAUAGACAAGAUUGUACCCUUGUAGCCUGCAAAGCUAAAAACAUACACACCUCAGAUACUUUAUAUGGAAAAGUUGACUGACACCCAACCUAACUUAGGAGGUGGAAACAUGAUGUAUUAAUCUUUUAAAUUAGAACAUUUAUUUUUCUUUUUAAUAUUGAACAUAAAUGUCAUUGGGGUCUAAAUGACUUAUGCAUUCAGAAAAUAAAAUAACAUCAUAUAUUAGAGGGUUUUCAUAAUAGUAAAUUGUUUUUUUCAUUUUUUUAAAUGAAGACUAGGCAUGUUCCUUGGCAAAUGUAUUUGAAUUUUUACAUUUAGAAGAUAUAGGAUUUCUGUUAUCUUAUAUUGGUUGGACUUCUAGACUCUUGUACGAGAGAAACCGUUGCAAACAAUGAGGGAUGUGGUUAGAGUUUUUAGAAAUAAAUGUCCAGGAAAAAAAUGGUUCCGAGGCAGAUGGAGUUCCUAUCUAUUUUUUUUUUCCUGCAAGUUGGAAAAUUACUUUAUUUGUUCUAGGGCAUUGGCCAGAGUCCCCUUGGGACUUCUGAAACUGCUUCUUAGUGUCUGGAGCCUUAGUGAACUUGAGCACAUUGAAUCGAACAGUCUUGCUCAGGGAGGGGCCUGCACUGUCCCUGAAACAGGGAGACGGAUACACAGACAUGUUCUUGUACACAGACAUGUGUUCUCAAAGCGGUUGUACUUUCGGAUGUAAUGGAGAUUGUACUCACAGAUGACAAUGGUUCACUGCAGCUCCAUCUUGUCACAACCCUAGACGGGAUCUGACUUCAAAUAAAGACAGUAUCAGUUAAGGGGCUUUUCUUGUCUAUAUAGGUGGCCUUGAUGGCCUCCUUGGGUGUCUCGAAGCCUAGAUUGAUGAUUUUGUAGUACAGGGGGAGUUUUUCCUUGCCAGAUUCUCCCAGCAAAACAUGAUUCUUGUUUUGAAAGAUCGUAGGCUGCUUUUGGUAAGUAGGCUCCGUCUGAAUGCCCACCUUCCUGUUCGCCUUCCUCCUGGCAGCCUGAGAAAAGGAAGAGGUAGCACUAUCUAAUUUUUAAAAAUUUUAAUUUACAUUCAUGUAUGUAUGUGUGUGUGCAUAUAUGUGUGCACAGAGUCUGAGGUUCUCCCCUGACACUGUGUGUGUUCCCUGAAUCGAAGUCACAGUGCUGGCCUUGGUAGCAGCCAUCUUUCCCGCAACGCCAUCUCAUCAGCCUAGUCAAACCAACUUUACAUUUUCCAUCAUUUUCUUUAUGGUUAUUAAAGAUAUUUCUUAGCCUUGGGCCUUUUAGUUAUCAUGCUAAUGUUAGUAUGAUAGCUAUGAGACUUUUUUUUUUCACCAUUUUGCUUUGCUGAAUUUUUUUCCCCCAUCUGUUAUAAUAAAAACAAACUAAAAGUAUGGGAGAAUGAAGUUUCCCAUGACUAUUUAUAAAGGGCCAAGGGGCUCCGGAUCUGCAUACAAGCUCCCUAUCUUAGGAAUGCCUGUCUUGGAAAACGCUUUUUAAGGACUGGCUGGUCCUUAGGAAAUGUGAGGAGUGAGCUGUGGUUGCUGGCUUUUCAUAGACUGAAUCUGCAGUGCUGUCCAUGAAUUUGAAGUUUUAGGAGGAAAACAAAAGCGAAGGCACCUCUCCCCCCUGCUGAGAUGAAGGGCAUGGAUGUCUCUUCGGCUGAGGAUCCUGUAGAAUCUAUUCCUGUCUCCACAGAGCAACAUGACAAUAUGAUAGAUAAAGACAUCGAACUCUCGGUGGUCCUGCCUGGAGAUGUUCUCAAAUCUACUACAGUUCAUGGCAGUAAGCCCAUGAUGGACUUGCUGGUGUUCCUCUGUGCACAGUAUCACUUAAACCCAUCAAGUCACACAAUCAACUUGCUGUCUGCUGAAGAGAAUCUCAUCAAAUUUAAGCCAAACACACCAAUAGGAAUGCUGGAGGUAGAAAAGGUCAUUUUAAAGCCGAAAUCUCUGGAUAAGAAAAAACCUACACCUAUAAUCCCAGAGAAAACUGUGAGAGUAGUGAUCAAUUUUAAGAAGACACAGAAGACCAUAGUGAGAGUUAGUCCCCACUCACCGCUUCAAGACCUUGCUCCCAUUAUAUGCAGUAAAUGUGAGUUUGAUCCAUUGCAUACAGUGUUGUUGAAGGAUUACCAGGCUCAGGAGCCCCUCGACCUCACAAAGUCUCUUAAUGACCUGGGACUAAGAGAGUUAUAUGCCAUGGAUAUCAGCAGAGCCCCCUCUGUUACUGCCUUCAGUAAGUCAUCUUUCCAAGAGUCCUGCCAAAUAUCACAUAACCCGGACAUUGUGAAGGAGAAAGAAAACAAAGGGAUUUUCAGCUUUUUCCAACGCAGUAAGAAAAAGCGAGAGCAAACUGCCAGCGCUCCUGCGACCCCACUAGUGAGCAAGCACCGUCCUUCUUUUACGAGGUCCAACACCAUUUCCAAACCCUACAUUUCCAACACGCUGCCCUCUGAUGCACCCAAGAAGAGGCGUGCCCCGCUGCCACCCAUGCCCACAUCCCAGGGUGCUGCUCAAGGCCAGGAGAGGCGCGCUUCUUGUGUGGAGAGAUCCACCAGUGUGGACGACACGGAUAAGAGUUCCUCUGAAGGAUUCAUGGUGAGGACAGGAUCACUGCAACUCAGUGGCAGUACAUCAGUAGGAACUUCAUCUCUUAAGAGAACGAAGCGAAAAGCACCUGCCCCACCUUCGAAACCCUCCCUGACUGAGACCGAUGAAGGGAGCUCUGCGGCUGCUCAUGGCCUACCUUUGGAGGAUGGGAUUGUUCCAGACAGCAUUUCAGAAGUGAGCUCUCCUGAGGGUAUGUCCAGCCCAGAGGGCCCGGGGUUCCUAAGCCAGGAAGAGUGCUCUGUGCCCAAGCCAAUGGAUGAAAUCUCUGAGGGCCCUGGAACUCCAGAGGCAGCUGUAGCUUCCAUGACCUCUGGCGUAAGCUCGGAUUACAGUCUUGAAGAGAUAGAUGAAAAGGAAGAACUGAUGGAGGCGUCUAAAGAUCAGGCUGGAAGUGUGAAGUCGCCUACCAUUGCUUCAGCAUCUACGGAUAUGAUAAUUACAGCGGAGAAUGAUCCUGAUUCAGCCCUCAGCAUCAGUGAUGGAGAGACCUCUCCAGGCUCUAAGGGAAACACUCCAGAAGGCAGAAACCCAGAGGGGCAAGGGCCACAUCAUCCUGUUGAGUGCCUUAUAGGCAAUGAGAACAAUGUAUCUGACAGUAUAAAAGACUUGAAGACACUGAGCCCAAACCAAGAGAGUGUAAUUCAAAAUGAAGUCGUGGUCUGUGCUACAAGCACAGAUUACGUGAAAAACAGACCAAGGGAAAUGGAAGCCACCAUAGAAGGAGAGGCACAGAAGAAAGUCGGGGAUGUGGAAGCUGAAAGAUUGUCAGGCUCUCCUGCAGGUAGAAUGGAUGAUGUUCAAAGUUCAAGGGAAAAUCAUCUAACAGCAUCACCAGGACCAGAUCAAAAAUCGAAUCAACCACGUGUAGAGAAGACAAAAAUGCAGGAUGCAGCAAUUCAGGCCACCCCUGCCUGCAGCACUUUUGAUGGGAAUCACGAAGCCCAUAAUUCACCUGACCUCAGGGUUGAUGAGACUGCACAGACUUUGGGUAGCAGCACAUCAACUCAGCACUCCUCUGCAAGCUUCCAGGAUUCUGUAAAUGCCUCAAGAGAAGUCAGGAGUCAGGGCACCUCAACCUAUGUACAAGAUAGACUCCCUGUGAAAGAGGCAGCUUGUACUUAUGGGAACAAUGACGCUUUAUCUCCUAUAGAUGGAAGUGGUAAGAAUCCGGCUGCUUCUUCCCUAAAGAACUUUCCACUUUAUAGGCAAGACAACCACCCCAAGCCAAAACCUUCAAAUGAAAUUACGAGAGAGUACAUACCUAAAAUUGGAAUGACUACUUACAAAAUAGUGCCUCCGAAAUCCCUGGAAGUGGUGAAAGACUGGGACUCAGAAGCAGCGGGGAAGAAAGAUAACCAAAAGACGCUUGCUGUAGCACAGAAGCAUGCGAUUGAGACUAUGACAGAGACUGCCGUGCAAGCAGAAGCCCUUGUCACGUCUAAAAACUCACAGCAGCCUCAGCCUGACCGUACACCAAAGCCCAGCUCAGGAACAGAGCAUCCUUUGCACAGGACUGUGAGCUCACCAGUUGGUACCGAGAUGAACCCUCCCAAGCCUCCCAGGAUGACUACGGACACUGGCACCAUUCCUUUUGCACCGAAUUUGGAAGAUAUUAACAAUAUUUUGGAGUCAAAAUUCAGAUCCCGAGCUUCGAAUCCCCAGGCCAAACCAAGUUCAUUCUUUUUGCAGAUGCAAAAGAGAGCCUCAGGCCACUAUGUGACAUCUGCAGCUGCUAAGAGCGUCCACACUGCCCCUGGGCCUACCCCUAAAGAACCAACAAUCAAGGAGGUGCAAAGGGACCCACAGCUUCCUCCAGAGCAGUGUCUUUCUCCCUUGAGUGAAAGGACUCACUCUGCUCCUCUGCCCAAUAUUUCAAAAGCUGAUGAUAAUAGAAUUCAGAAGCCUGCUGAGACUUCUCCUCCUCCUGUAGCUCCCAAGCCUAUGGCUCUUCCUGCCGAGACCUCUCCUCCUGCUGUAGCUCCCAAGCCUAUGGCUUUUCCUGCCGAGACCUCUCUUCCUCCUGUAUCUCCCAAGCCUAUGGCUCUUCCUACAGAGGCAUCUUCUUCUCCUAUAUCUCCCAAGCCUAUGGCUCCUCCUGCUGAGGCCUCAAUUCCUCCUGUAGUUCCCAAGCCUAUGGCUCCUCCUGCCGAGGCCUCUCCUCUUCCUGUAGCUCCUAAGCCUAUGGCUUUUCCUGCCGAGACCUCUCUUCCUCCUGUAGCUCCCAAGCCUAUGGCUCUUCCUACAGAGGCCUCUCCUCCUCCUGUAGCUCCCAAGCCUUUGGCUCUUCCUGGUAGUCAGGGAGCCUCACUAAACCUGAAGACCUUGAAAACAUUCGGGGCCCCGAGACCAUACAACAGUUCUGCCCCCUCACCCUUUGCCCUUGCUGUGGUGAAAAGGUCACAGUCGUUCAGCAAGGCAUCUCCAGAGUCACCCAGUGAGGACUCCUCUGCCCAGCCUCCAGCUGCCAUACAGGAUGGAAAGACACAAACAGUAAAUCAGCCUACAGUGGGCUCCCAACAUGAUGGUGUUGAUAAGCAAAAUAAACCUGUUCAGAAUGAGCACAGUUCUCAGAGGCUGACUCCCGCUGAUGGCCCGUCAUCGUUCACCCUUCAGAGACAGAGUUCUCUCAACUUCCAGAGCUCUGACCCGGAGCACAUCCGGCAGAGCUUGCUCACCGCAAUCCGGUCUGGAGAGGCUGCUGCCAAGUUGAAGAGAGUUACUGUUCCGUCAAAUAGAAUAUCUGUGAAUGGGAAGUCGGGGCUCAGCCAGCCCAUGUCCAUUGAUGCCCAGGACAGUUGCUGACAUCACCCUGCUGUGACGCACUUCACCAACCAGCUUUCUGCCUACAAGAAAUACUGACAAAUAUAUAUUCAGAUGUACAUUAAUAUAUAAAUCUGUUCAAGAAUAAACAUUUGUAUUAUGGAUUUAAUGCCAAAAGAAAAAAAUGAGAAUUUAUAAUUUAUAAUACUUUUUGGCCUUUUUGUUAUAGCUAAAUACUGCUGCUUUAGAAAUGUUAAACAAGGUGUCAAUGACUUGUUUUUCCAAUGAUGAGUAAUCACUGCUUAUGUUUUUUUUUUCUUACGGACACAGUGUGCACCAUGAAACAAAGGUGUAAAUUGAGAUUUAUAGAUAUAUUGUAUGACACAGAAACAGGCAAGCACAGACUAACAUUUACUGCCUCAGCAUUAGGCUAUAAUUAGAAAAAGAAAUUAUAGUACGGCCUUUGUUGCUGAAAGAUGUGGAAGACUAGUAAAACAAAUAAAUAAUGUUCAGUUAUUUUUACUGAAGAGUCACUAGGAGACUUAUUUUAUGUCUUUUUGAAUUACAAGUGAGUGUCGGAUCUGUAGGAAACAACUGAGUAUUUUUAAAUAGAACACUUUAACCUUUAGACGUCAAAUUGCACAAGACAACUUUAAGAUAUUUUCUGUAUAUAAUUAUGAUGUUGUUACACAGAUAUUACAUAUUUUCUAAUGCCAGAGGCCUUAAAAUGUUCCUAUGAAAAUGUUGAUACAUUGUGACAGCUAUUUCACUUUUGGUAUAGGGAAGAAUAGGGUUAGUUUAUGUGCACAUUCAAAACCUCGAAGUUAAACAUAUGCAAAAUCCCAAUUUUAAUUUAAAAAAAAUGCUAAAUUAGUCACUUAUGUAGCUCAGAUGCUAGUCACCUAAAUAAUAAUAUAUAUUUUCCUGAAUGCCAAAAUGGUUGAGAGAAACAGUACUUGCUGUGUUGGCUUACAGUGGUCUAGAGGUUUAGAACAUGUUAGUGUCCUGAACUUCCUUCAGAAUUUCAUUCCUCUUUUAUUCAAAAAACUACACAAUCAGCCUGACACUGUUUGAACUCUUACUAAAGCUACUGGAUUAUCUGUCAUCUUGACACAUGUGAACCUUUUUCCGUUUAAUAAAAGCAAGUUAUAUAUUUGAA